AUGCCAGUUGAGACACACAAGACACGGCCGCCGCGCGUGUCGAAGCAAAUCUCCAAUCGAACAUGCAAAACCUGCACCCCCUGUCGGAAGAAGAAGAUCCGAUGCGAUGGCGCUCGGCCGCAAUGCCUCGAGUGCAGCACAAAUGGGCUGGAGUGUGCGUAUGCGCAAGAUGCCAGGCGAGAGCCACGGCCAUCUAGGACUCGUGUGCAGGUCCUGGAGACAACGGUACUUGCUAUGGUGGAACACAUGAAGGCCGCCGGGAUUGUUCCGCCGCAGACCCUUCUUGGAGACUGGAUGCCAGAUGGGAGCGAGAAUAUAGAUGGGAGCGAGCAUUUGGAUGGCGAGCGGCAGGAGGGGGAUCUGAUCCAGCAGAACCAGCAACAUCCUCACGAUCAGAAUCUGACCAAUCUUGCCUCCGUCGCCGUCAUGGCCAGGCAAUUACCGACCCCGUCCAUAUCCAGCGCCAUGACCGACAAGCCCGACUUCCAUCCGAGUGUACACUCGCCAUGGGACAGGGACAACGGCCAGGACGGCCAUAUAGUGCGGAAUGAGCUAGGUAUGCAGACAGAGGACGGUAUAAUUCAAGAUGCCCACACUGCAGACGCCGAAGGAUCAGCGAUGUCGCCGUGCGAAGCCCGCGUGGCCGGGGCGUUUCUUGAACACGGCUGUGUUUCUUCAGUCCACGGGCUUGCGAGUAUUAUGAAUCCAACAUCGAGAGCACAGUAUACGCAAAACAUCUCCACGGUGGGCCGCAAGGGCGAGAAUGCCAUCGCGGCAUCCAAGGCGAGGCUCAUCAGCAACGCAGCUCUCCAGCGCCAACGAGAGCCUCGCAUCUUUCGCCAUCCAUCAAACAAGAUCGAUCUGGAUGGUUGCGAUCAUGAGCUUGCGAUGCACCUCCUGGAUGUGCACUUCAACCGGCAGCACUACGCCUACCUGAUUUCAUAUCGCCCGGCAAUCACGGAGGGCAUCGCGAAUGGCGGCGGGCCCUGGGUCAACAAGCUGCUGCUCAACGCGAUCUACUUCUCCGGCACACUUUAUAGCGAUAGACCAAGCCUGCGGGCUGAUCUGAGCGAUCAGAACAGCCUCGCAGCCUACUUCUACAGGCGCUUCCGCCAGCUUCUAGUCGACGAAAUAUGCAGCCCUAGCAUCCCCACCGCGGUGGCUCUGCUGCUAACGAGUGCGACUCUGGUCUCGAAAGGACAGUCCAGCGCAGGCUGGAAUCUCUCGGGGGUUGCGUACCGCAUGCUCAUCGAUAUGGGGUGCCACCUGAUGCUCGGUCCCGACUACCAGACCAAUCUCACAGCACGCCAUAGCCAGCUCCUGUGUGGCGACCUGGAGCAGGAAAUGCGCAAGAGACUGUACUGGGGCGCGUUUGUCACUGAUGCCACGCAGUCUCUGUAUCUUGGGAGGCCGUGCAUGUUCGCAACCACCGAGGCCAGGGUGCCUCUGCUGCUGCUGGACACAUUCGAAGAGUUCGAGGACUGGGAGCCGUAUAUUGACCCUUCCUCUCUUGCUGAACCGCCUCCAGCAUAUGCGCCCAAACCGGCCCAUGCGAUCUCGACGUUCAACUGUCUUGCUCGCCUCUUCCAGAUCUCGGUGCGCAUCACCGAUCUGUACGGCAUCCAGACUAUGAAAUGCACCUCCGAGUACCUCCAGCAAACCAAGUCAGCCAUCGAGGGAGAUUUGGACCAUUGGAAUGCAUCUCUCCCAUCUCAUCUGAGGUUCAACCCAGAUGCAACAUGCACACCGCCACCGCAUCAGAUAACGCCGCAUACCACCUUCCACGCCCUAACCAUCCUUUUGCACCGCGCAUUCCUAGAAGAAGGACACCUCCGCCGCUACAGCGACGAAGGCAGCAGAGAACGCAGCGAGCAGGCGUGUAUUUCCAGCGCGCUCGCGAUCCAGAAGUUCGUUCGCGCGUACAAGAAGGCCUUUACGCUCCGCCGGGCUCCAUUCCUCCUUUCCUACGCGGUGUACAGCGCUGUAAUUGUUAUUUUGCGCCAGGAGCGCCACGAGCGCGGGCAGUUCAUGGAACCAAUAUCGUUCUUCUGGACCUGUCUGAGCGAGCUACAGGGCGGGUGUAACUUUGGCCUGGAGAAGCCACUGAGCAUCCUUCGCGACAUGGUGCACGAAUUCCAGGUCAGUACCCGGCAGGGUGGUACUGCUGGGGGACAGUACGAGAUGCCUCAAUUAAUGAACCUUGACGAAACUCUUUUCCCGCAGCCCGUGAACAGACAGGCGCCCUUUGUGGGAGACGACUACGACUACAUGGGCAUGGGUUCCAUGGGCCAGGCAGACCCUGUAGGCCUUGGGACCUCAUCGCCAGGGUUCCUUGCAUCAUUGAACCAGCUGGAAAGCGAAAUUACGCAGGAUACGCUGUACGGCUUAUUUGCCCCUUCGCAGCUACAUCUGUAA